AUGAGUUCGCCUCGACCCUUCCACAGAAUUCAACAGCUUAUUGAGUUCUGCAUCCUUGUCAACGGCGCUGGUAACAAAGGACGCAGUGGCAAGCUGGCCGCCUUCAGCACCGGCCCUCUUGCGCUAUGCCGUCAGAGUAAACCGCCAGGUUACCUUAACGGGUGCCGUCGUCGCACAAUCCGGACGAUAGCCUUGAGCAGAAGAGAUCGCUUCGAUCCUUACGCGUAUACGAGCGGCCGAUGGCUCCGUGGCGACGAGUUAGAGCGCAGCGCUCGACAUAUCACCUUUGAUUUCGACGCCCUCUGUCAGCGAGUUAUUGAGUUGUGUCCAGGGGCAGCGUCGAUCUCGAAUUGCGAGAAGAAAGAAGGAGGGUUCAACAGAGUUUUUAUUUUCACCACCGACAAUGGACAGAGUAUCGUCGCCAGACUCCCCUUUGCACUCGCCGGACCACCAAGAUUGACGACUCAGUCAGAAGUCGCGACUAUCCAUUACAUACAAGCGAACACUAGUAUCCCUAUUCCAAAAGUCCUCGACUGGUGCGAUGACGCCUCAACAUCAAUUGGGACCGAAUACAUAAUCAUGGAACACGCUGAUGGUGUCCAGCUACACCAAAUAUGGCCUAACAUGGCCGGAGAACAAAGGAUUCGGUGUAUCAAGGCUAUCGUUCAAAAGAUCAAGGAAAUUGCGAACGUGGAAUUUCCAGCAUACGGAAGUUUAUAUCAUGCCACCGCUCGUCUCAGCUCUGCUUCAAAGGUUCCACUGAAUCAAGAUUUCUGCAUUGGCCCUCAUUGUGGGGCAAUGUACUGGAAUUGCAACCCCAUUGAGCCUAGAUAUUACCAAAAUACGAAGCCUAAUCAGGGACCAUGGUCCGACCUCGGGGCAUACUGCGACGGUCUGAUCGAUGCAGGUAUUGCUAGGAUCCCUCCUGAUUCCGACCACCAGAACCGACUUCGAUAUCAGGGAUCGCCAUCUGAUCACCUUCAUCUCCUUGACUCGGGCCGGUCUGUGAUCAAGAAGAUGUCUGAAGAUUCACGAAUCUUGAAUGCGGCUGUUCCAACUCUCCUCCACCCUGACUUCCACAAGAGAAAUAUCUUCGUUUCGGAAGAUGACCCCACCGUAGUUACUGGAAUCAUUGAUUGGCAAUCGGCUAGCGUCGAGCCAGGAUUCUGGUACGCAGACCACAUCCCGAACUUUGCGAUGAGUAUACCAGAUCCCUUUGGCCAAAGGGACCCUGACAGUGAGCUAUGUGCAAAAGCAUUUGACGCUUGCGUGCAAUUUCUUGUCCCCAAGUUGGCAGGUCCCCGUUACCUAGAUGAGUCCCUAUUCCGGCUAUUUCGAUAUUGCUAUCGAACCUGGAAGGAUGGAGCCGUGGCUUUUCUUAGCGAACUCAUUGAGACAUCUCAGCACUGGACAAGCCUUGGUCUUCCAGGCUCAUGCCCAUUUACAACACCUACUCCUGAAGAAUUUGUGAUUCAUCAACAAUACAAGAGAUUUGUGGCCGCGCAGGAAUUGAAACGCGAUCUGUCAGGCUUGCUCAACACUACCUCUGAGGGAUGGGUCCCGUCUGAAGCCUGGGAAACGACAGUAUUGGCACACAAGGAGCUGUUUGCAAACAUGCUAGAAGCUGUAUUGACUGACGCAGAUACUGAUGACGAUGAACCCAUAAGAGAUGAAAGUGAUCUGAGGGAAAUAUGGCCAUUUGAUCUCAAGGAUAUUUACCCGCAGUCAAGGAAGCUCGGGAGGUCUGAGGCGUUCUCGGCGCCUAGACCAACCGCCGCUCUCUCGCACUGCCAGACCCAAGGUUACGAGGUUUAG